CGCCGGUCCCUCCAUAAACUUUCCAAAGCCCACUCAUAUAGGUCUUAAAUUUCACUUUCAUUUUAACAAACUUCAGGGAUUCUUUUCAGUCAGUCUCAACAUUCAGAUCUAACUCACUCUAAGACUUCACGGAAUAUUUUGACCUAGUUAGGGUCAGGACACAUCCUCGCAGCUAAGGCCCCCAGGAGAGCCCAGCAAGGGGAUGGAAUUAGGAAGAUUCCUGCUUGGUUGACCAACUCCCUCACCGACCUCCCACCUGUCGGCUGGUCUGCGCAGCCAGGGGCAGCGGCACGCCUGGGGUGGGGCGAGGGGAGCCCACGUCGCGUCGCGCGCAGACGCAGGCUGCACGCAGAGGCCGCCCAGCCCGUGGGGGCGCUCGCCCGCGUAGGGAGCUGGGGAUUUGUGGCGCCUCCCGCCGGCCACGCUGCUCGGCGUGGGGUUCCCAGCCCGUCGGUUGCAGCGUCGUCGCCUGACUGAAACUCUCUCAGAGGGAGGCCACACCGCUGAGUCACCUUAAUCGGAGCUUCGGACCCUCGACUCUCUGCCCUUCGCCUCCCCAGUCUCGUGAUCAUCACCCUUGCACCCCGGCUGGGUCUUGCGCAAUAUGCAGCCCACGGGCCUCGAGGGUCCCCACUUGUCCUGCCGGCGGCCUCUGCUGCGUUUGCUGUUACUGCUACUGCUGCUGGUAACCCGCGCCCAGACCUUGCCCGGACCUCCUGGUGCCCCCAAUGCCACGACCGUGCUGGGCGCCACCAACGCCACAGCUAUGCAUGGAGCCUCCGGUGCGCUGGGCCUGCGGGAGCGUGCGCAAGCUCUGAUGCGGAACUUCCCGCUUGUGGACGGCCACAAUGACCUGCCUAUGCUCCUGAGACAACUUUACCAGAACAUACUACAGGAUGUCAACCUACACAACUUCAGCCAAGGCCAGACCAGCCUGGACAGGCUUAGAGAUGGCCUCGUGGGGGCACAGUUCUGGUCAGUCAAUGUCCCAUGCGAGACCCAGGACCAAGAUGCUGUGCGCCUCAGCCUGGAGCAGAUUGACCUCAUUCGCCGCAUGUGUGCCUCCUACUCUGAGCUGGAGCUUGUGACCUCGGCUGAAGGUCUGAACAGCACUCAAAAGCUGGCCUGCCUCAUCGGUGUGGAGGGUGGUCACUCAGUGGACAGCAGCCUCUCUGUGCUGCGCAGUUUCUAUGUGCUGGGAGUGCGCUACCUGACGCUCACCCACACCUGCAGCACACCCUGGGCAGAGAGUUCCAGCAAGUUCACACACCCCUUCUACACCAACGUCAGCGGGUUGACAAGUUUUGGUGAGAAAAUGGUGGGAGAAAUGAACCGGUUAGGCAUGAUGAUAGACUUGUCCUAUGCAUCGGACACCUUGGUGAAGCGAGUCCUGGAGGUAUCCGGAGCUCCUGUGAUCUUCUCCCACUCGGCUGCCAGGACUGUGUGCGACAAUUUGCUGAAUGUUCCUGAUGAUAUCCUGCAACUUCUGAAGAAGAAUGGUGGCAUUGUGAUGGUGACCCUCUCCUUCGGGGUGCUGCAGUGUAACCUGUUUGCUAAUGUGUCCACCGUGGCAGAUCACUUCGACCACAUCAGAUCAGUCAUUGGAUCGGAGUUCAUAGGGAUUGGCGGAAAUUAUGAUGGGUCAGGCCGGUUCCCCCAGGGACUGGAGGACGUGUCCAAAUACCCAGUGCUGAUAGAGGAGUUGCUGAGGCGGGGCUGGAGAGAGGACGAGCUCCAAGGUGUGCUUCGUGGAAACCUGCUGCGGGUCUUCAGCCAAGUGGAACAGGUGAGAGAGGAAAGAAGAGAGCAGAACCCUGUGGAGGCUGAGCUUCCAGACAGGCGUCCAGUCAGGCCCUGCCACUCCCACCUCCUGCCUCAGCCUCAGAAUGAACCCUUGGGUACCCACCUGGAGGUGACCAAGUGGCCAUCCGGUCAGGUGCUCCAGAGCCCCUCAAAAGCCUCCCCACACCUCUUCCUAGGCCUUGUGGCUGCUACCAUCCUCCCAAUUCUUAUCCUAUGGCUCUUGUGACCUAAAUGCUAAUCUCCCCAGAGGUCUCUGUAGCAGUCCCAAAGUCCCCUUCCUACUUGUCCAGGCAUAAGCUAUAUUGAGAAUAAACGUUGUAGGCAUGGA